AUGGCGACCUUGAAAGAUGAAGGGCUACAUAAGCCCCAAGAUAUCACAAUGUCUCCGUGGGCUGUUCAACGAUACGAAGAGCCAGGAGAUCACGACCUGCCCACGACUUUCGAUAUCGACUAUCAAAACUUGUCUCUUUUGCUUCAAGAAGCAGCCAUAUUAUACCCACAGUGCGCAAAACCGAAGCUCUACCCUACCCUUCAGCCCUACACUCCAGUCACCGUUACCACCCCCGUGGUCCCGAAGCGAUCUGUGGCAGUGUCGACGAAGGACCCCUUUUCGGAAGGAAACCGAUUGGACCAGGGUCCCACCCACGCCACCGAUUACCGAGAAUACGACAUACUAGCUGUACCCCUGAGGCGCAAAGACAACAGACUUCCGCUUUCGGUCAAUAUGGGUAGCCGUCAGAAAACUUCAACCGAGGGUUUAUGGGCUGGGAUCAAACCCGCUGUACUCCUCGGUAUCAAACCUCGUCAAGCCAACAACGAUGGCCAUACGUUCAGGACUUUGGAAUUUGAAGUACCAUUAGACCACCAUCAUCACGGCAUCUCGCAGAAAGAUGCGUUUUUGCAACUUCAUGCAGAACUUGUAGACAGCUUUCCCAACCCUAACCCAACAACCCCCGAUGCCCCAAGUAGUCCUAUAUCCCCCCAAAAGCCCUUCAUCCUCUACCUUUGCGGCGGUCCCGGAGACGGAAACCCUUCCGGCAAGGUUCCCGAGCUGAACAAGUUCUGUAUCAACAGAGGCUACCAAGUCCUCUAUGUCCACUACCGAGGAACGGGUCUCAGCCCCUUGUUCUUCGAUUCGACCGCCAAGGCCAAAGUGCUGAACAUGUCCGACCAAGACAAAGCCAACUACCUCGCCAAGUUUCGACAAGAUAACAUUGUUCGCGAUCUUGAAGCAAUUCGCUUAUGUCUCGAAAAAGAACUUGCUACCAAAAUCAAGUGGACACUUAUAUGCCAGUCCUUCGGCGGAUGGGUCGCCACCACUUACCUCUCCUUUCUCCCUCGAUCUCUAGAAGCAGUGUACAUCAGUGCCGGGAUGCCACCGCUGGGCAAGACCCCACGAGAGGUAUACGAGAAGACAUACGUCCAUAUCGUCAGGCGAAACGAGGAUUACUUCAACGAGUACUUCCCGGAAGACCAAGAGCAUGUUAGAACGAUCAUCGAGUACUUGCGAGAUAAGGCACCGUUGCAAAAGGGGGUUGAAGGACAGCCGGCGUCGUUCAGAGGGUACGAACUCUAUGGCGAAAAUGGAGAGAGAAAAGGGUGUUAUCUGACUUACCAGACAUUUAUGACUCUGGGACGGACGUUCGGGUCAGCGCCUGUCAUCCGUAGGGAUGGGGACGAAGAAGACGAAGAAGAGGAACCCUUAUCACCUACCAGCUUCAUCGAACCCAAGAUCCCGAUCCCCUACCAAAAACUCCAUCGCCUCAUAACCAGCUUCAUCUACGACCUUGAUCACUCCAUAUACUCCAGAAACCACGAUAACACCAUCUCCCAGACAACCCUCUCCCUCUACGCAAACCUCGAAUCCUUCGCCCUCCACCGCCGCCCGCUCUACGCCCUCCUUCACGAAGCCAUCUACUGCUCGUCCACUUGCCCCCAAACCAGCCAACCAUCCAACUGGGCCGCCAUCGACGUCGCCUUGUCCCAUUCCUCGGGCGCCUUUUCCUGGCUUUCCCCUACCUCUUCUAUUAUCCCAUCAAAGAAGUACUACUUCACAGGCGAAGCCAUCCACCCCACCCCGCUGCUCUCCCCGCUCGGCGGUCCCGCCCUCACUCCCUUUCUGGGCGCCGCGCAUAUCCUUGCGCAAAAGGCCGAUUGGCCUGCUUUGUAUGAUUUUUGCUCGCUCCGGCGGAACCAAAACUCUGCGAAGGAGGAGGAGGAAGGGGAUGAGAAGGGGAUGACGAAAGUGAAAGUGAGAGCGGUGGCUUACAAGCAAGAUAUGUAUGUUGAUUUGGGACUGUCACAACAAGCGGCGGGGUUGAUUGGGGGGUGUGAGUUGGUGGUUUGUCCUUUUGGGAGUUGGGGACAUGGAAGUCUCAAGGAGGUGGACAAGACGGAGAGGGUGUUGGGGUGGUUGUUUGAUGGGGUUUGA